UGUCUAGAAUAUUUGUCAUUAUAUCGAAUCAUAUUAUCUAAAAAAGAACCGACUUUAACCAGCAAAAAAGCAAAGCAGUUGUCUCUUUCGCUUACAUGCUACCAUGGAUUUUCAGAGCUCAUUUAGUGACAAAAACCAAUAAUAAACUCGCCUCGAAACAGUAGAUUAGUCUCAAAAAAAAAAAGAAGACAGAAACCAUAACACUGAUCACAUUAGAAAAAACAAAAUUAAAAAAAAAUGCUAAAAACAGCAGCUUUACUAGCCAUAGCCAGCUCAUUCGUCGUCUUCCUCCUCUCCCCAGUUCCCAAAUCCACAUACCACUCCCUGUACACUUCACUAUCCGAUAAUGCCUCCAUAUCCCACCACCUCUACACCCUCACGCGCCGACCCCACAUCGCCGGUUCCGCCGCCAACGCUGAAGCCGCCGCCUACGUCCAUUCCAUCUUCACAUCCUCCGACAUUCCCACCCACAUAACCUCCUACCGUGUCGCCCUGAGCUAUCCCGUUUCGCGGUUCCUGAAGUUGAUCCCUCCUCCGCCGGAGCCACCCGUUGAGUUCGAGCUCCGACAGGAAGUUUACGACGACGACCCUUACGCUGACGCGGCGAAAGAAGUAGUUCCAACUUUCCAUGCCUACGCCAAGUCCGGCACUGCCGUCGGACUAGUGGUCUACGUCAACUACGGCCGCGUGGAAGAUUACGCGACCCUGAGGGAGAUGGGCGUGAGCGUGAACGGCUCUAUCGUCUUGGCAAGGUACGGAGAAAUAUUUAGAGGCGAUAUUAUACGGAACGCGUACAAGGCUGGGGCUAUAGGGGCGUUAGUUUACACUGAUAGGAAGGACUACGGCGGCGGCGGAGGAGAAGCUCGGUGGUUUCCCGACGAUCGGUGGAUGCCGCCAAGUGGGGUCCAAAUGGGUACUACGUAUAAUGCACUGGGGGACCCUACCACGCCCGGGUGGGCGAGUACAGAGGAAUGUGAAAGGAUUUCGGAGGCUGAGGUUGAGGAAAGUGGUGAAGUUCCGAUGAUACCUUCGUUGCCAGUGUCUGGUAAAGAUGGUGAGUUGAUACUUAUGUCGAUCGGUGGCCAGGUGGCGAACGAUGAUUGGCAAGGAAGCAAGGACGCCCCAGUUUACAGGGUUGGACCUGGUCCGGGGAUUGUGAACUUGAGUUACACAGGGGAGCUAGUGAUUGGGACAAUUGAGAAUGUUAUUGGUGUGAUUGAAGGAGCAGAAGAGCCUGAUCGAUUUGUGAUCCUGGGUAAUCAUCGAGAUGCCUGGACAUUUGGUGCUGUUGAUCCAAAUAGUGGAACGGCAGCUUUACUAGAGGUAGCCCAGAGACUGGGGAAGCUGCAGAAAAGAGGGUGGAAGCCUAGACGAACAAUCAUAUUGUGCAACUGGGAUGCUGAGGAAUAUGGCCUGCUAGGAUCAACUGAGUGGGUAGAAGAGAACAGGGAGUUGCUAGCUUCAAGAGCUGUGGCUUACUUGAAUGUUGACUGUGCUGUAUCUGAACCAAGAUUCUAUGCCUCUGCAACUCCGCAGCUUGAUGAAUUACUCAUACAAGCUACUCAGCAGGUUCAAGACCCAGAUAACUCAUCGAGGACCGUCUACGAUUUAUGGCUUUCUUCAAGCAAUCCUGUAAAGAUUGGGAGGUUAGGAGGAGGAGGGUCAGAUUUCGCAGCCUUUGUUCAACACAUAGGAAUUCCAGCAACUGUGAUGGCUUUUGACAACGGAUUCCCUGUCUAUCAUUCAUUGUACGAUGACUUUACUUGGAUGAAAAAGUUUGGGGAUCCUAUGUUUCAAAGGCAUGUUGCAGUGGCAAGUGUGUGGGGUUUGGUAGCUCUUUGGCUAGCUGACGCGGAGGUCUUACCUUUCAAUUAUCUAUCCUAUGCAGAAGAGCUUCAGAAAUACACAAAGGAAUUGGAGAUUGGGAUCAAAGGUGACAAGGAUAUCAGCUUAACUCCUCUGUUUAAGUCAAUAGAGGAGCUGAGAAAAGCUGCCACCAUAAUAAACAACCAGAGAAAGGCAGUAGUAGAAAACAAAGGUUGGAAAUCCAUAUGGAAGAAAGACCAAUCCAAGCUGAGAGAGCUUAAUGACAGACUCAUGAUGGCUGAACGAGCAUUUACAGACCGAGAUGGACUUUUAGAAAGGUCGUGGUAUAAGCAUUUGAUCUAUGGACCUUCGAAGUAUGAUGACUAUGGAUCUAAAUUCUUUCCCGGCAUUGAUGAUGCUGUUGAAAUGGCUAACAAAUUGAACACAUCGGAGUCGUGGAAACUAGCUCAACAUGAAAUUUGGAGGGUCUCCAGAGCUGUCAAACAUGCCUCGCUAGUUCUUAACGGUGUACUAACAUGAGAAAAUAUAUUUAUAGCAGUUUGAUUCACAUAACUAAAUGGUUUACAUUCACAAUUUCUUCAGAAGUUCAAGUUUGAUGAACAUAUGGUCAAGAAUUAUUCUUUUUAUAAGGUACAUUAUAAUCAAAUUUAGAGUUCUAGUUU